AACACGUCAUAGUACACCCUAGAAACGGCGACGUCGGAUAGGAGCAGUACGAUGGUGGAGUCCACGGUAGUGGAAACUCUUCAUCAGAUUCCGACAUCAACGUACAGAUAUAGUUAUAAAGGCGACAAAAAAACUCUACCACCAAUUAAGUACUACCAGCUUAAGUCUAUCGUUCAUCGGUAUGCUAGACAACAACCACCGAGACACUUCCCUAUAGAACCAAUUACACCACAUAGAAUUCUUCAGGAUGAAAAAGGACCAGCUCUGGGAUUAGGAACGAAGGGUUCAAAUACACAACAAUAUUUAGAACCGAAAACUAUAACACAAACUCCUGCACCACAGAACAUAUCUUCAGUCAGACCAAAAAGCUCUGACAAAACAAAACAAAAUGGCAGAAAAAUUCGUAAUGAGAGGUUAACUACAGCUGGUUCAAAGAAAACAAGUCUUUUUCAAACAAACUUUGGUCAUUUGGAUUCUAAUUAUGUUAAUUCACUGCUGCACAAGUAUCAAUGGACGUCUGCCACCAAACAAGCUAACGGAGAAGCUUGUCUACCAGUCACAAAAGUUGCCCCGCCUACGUCUGUUAUAGAGAAGAAGGCAGAUAUGAUACGUCUGAGUGGACAGCGAUACGAGUCGUCAGUCGGAGACUGGCAAAAUGCUGUGUUGUGGGACAGGAUACAACUGAGAGGUCAUGUGCUUCAUGCAGAUCUUAAGGAGAAGUCAAUUGGUAUGCCAGAAAAAAUCUUACUGAAAAGGAUAAACGAAGGGAAACUUGCAGAGAAAAGACCAAGAAUUAAUUCUCCAAAAAUUAGGAAACUUUUAGAAGAUAACAAAAUUCACAAAAUCUACGUGCGUCAAUGUCCUGGAUAUGCUGGUUUUGUUCCUCGACAGCCACCUAAAAUAGAAAUGGAACGGGAACCAGAGCGGACACAUAUGACCAGUGUCAUGAAGGCUUCGUAUAGAGAAUUGCCUGGUAAGGAGUAUAGACCACAGAAUUUUGCGAGGAAAGGACCAAUGUCUAAGACUGUUACACUUACUUAUCCGUUCAAUCCAUUCAACAAAGUCACGUGUGAACCAGUGUUAGUGAAAUCAUACCAACCAUGAUUAUAUAUGAUGGCGGAGUGUAAAAACGAAAAUAAAUACAGAAAAAAAAUCAUUCAUUUCCAUUUAUUGACAAAGUUCCAAAGUAUUGUGUUACAUUAAAUUCAUAAAUGUUA